AUACAUUUCAAAAAAAAUUUACUGGUUAAAUAAUAAUACUUUUUUGUUUUGUUUUUAUUAAAAAUAUUACUAAAUAAUUUAGAAUUAGUAGAAAAAUAUUUUCGUUGUUGCAACACUGAACAACACAUGUCAAAUUCAAAAUGGCUUCGAAACAACAAAGUGUUGGCGGGACCCGGAACUUACAACUAACUCGCGCCCAUAAGAUCUUGGCUUUGGUACCCGCUCAAAACGCAUGCUCUGACGAUAGUUCCACAUCUGAUGAGGAAGCAAAUGCUUAUAUACCGCCUUCACCAGAUACCUCUGAUCCACCUUCAAUAGCAUCAUCACUAAAUUAUCAAUGGUUAAAAGCAGUAUUUCGUCACAAUGUAUCUCUUGAAGAAAACUUAUACAAUCUCCAUCAAACACAAAUAGAGACAGUACUGGAUUAUUUUAUUUCUUUUUUUCUCCUGACUUAAUUACUGACAUUGUUUAUAAUACAAAUUUAUAUGCAGUUGAACAACUAGGUCGAUCUAUUCAGCUGACAGAAGAUGAGAUUAAAAGCUUCCUGGCCAUUCAAAUCAUGAUGGGUAUAGUACAGAUGCCAGCUUAUACUGACUAUUGGGCAAGAAAAACAAGAUACCCUCUCAUUGCUGAUCUUAUGCCUCUCAAAAAGUAUCAACAAAUACGUCGAUAUAUUCAUUUUGUUGAUAAUACUUUGCAAGAUUCAGACCGUUAUUUCAAGAUUCGCCCCCUAAUGGAGAAAAUACGCAAAAAUUUUCUGAAAAUUGAAGAAGAAGGAAAAUAUUCCAUUGACGAGAUGAUGAUACCUUAUAAAGGUCGUAAAGCAGGUAAACGAAAGCAGUACAUAAAAAUGAAACCUAAGAAAUGGGGGUUUAAGAAUUUUGUCCGUGCGGGUGUUUCGGGUAUCAUCUACGAUUUUAUUCUGUAUGGUGGCGACGAUACCUUUCGUGGACUGACUUUUUCAGAGAAAGAAGCUACAAUUUUUUUAGGAGGUAUGGUAGUGCUUGCAUUGUGUCAAACUAUAAAGAAAAAGCCGGCCAUUGUGUAUGCUGAUAACUUUUUUAUGUCGCCUGAACUAACAUAUAUUCUGCGGGAAGAAUACGGGAUCCUUAGUCUAGGAACAAUAAGGACUAAUCGUCUCAGAGGCUGUCAAGAGUUAUUGCCAACUGACAAACAAUUAAAAAAGAAGAAACGCGGUUCUAGCGCCCAGGUGGUUUGCAAUAAGAAUAAGUUGGCAGUCGUAAAGUGGAACGACAAUAAAGUGGUUACACUUAUUAGCACCUACAUAGACUCGUACCCCUUAGAAACAAUCAAACGAUACGAUAAGGAUGAGAAAAAGAAAGUAGAUGUAGAAUGUCCUCAAGUGGUCAAACAUUACAACAAACAUAUGGGAGGGGUCGAUUUAGCAGAUAUGUUGAUAUCGUUAUAUAGAACUCCCUUCAAAAGUCACCGUUGGUACUUGGGAAUAUUUUCACAACUUGUUGAUAUGUGUAUAAAUAACGCUUGGCUCCUACAUAGAAGAGAUGGGAAGAAGACUUCAUUGAAAGAUUUCAGAUUUGAAUUGUUUGAUGGGUUGUCUAAGUCUAAUAGAAUAGGAACAAACCAAAACGUUACAGACGAUAUAGGCGAGAAUCUGAAAAUCCAUAAACCAGUCUCAGUCCGACCAACUGAUAGCGUCAGAUUUGAUAACACAGGUCAUCUUCCAGAAGCAGGUAAUGAAACAAUGCGUUGCAAAUAUUGUAAGAGUGGAAGAACAUCUGUCUACUGUAUAAAAUGUAACGUACAUUUGUGUUUUGUUGUGGGAAAAAUAAAACGUAAUUGCUUUCGUAAUUUUCACCUAAAAUAAUAAAGAAUAAUUUAAAUA